AUGGAGAAGGUCCAGGCCGGAGACCGCUUUGUGGGCUGGGUGAAGCACCCUGUGCUGACGACACGGCAGAAAUUCGACCUUGUCGUAGAGGUAGGUCCUGGUGAUGACAAGGGUGCGUGGAAGAUCACGGAUCCCAACAAGAGGCUGCAGGCCGGCAAGUCUUAUGAAGGUCCCUGCAAGGUCAUUGCCGAAGAAGGAGACAGCAUCAUCUUCCGGGACGAAGAUACGGUCCUGAAUGGCACUCUGAACGGUGCUGGGCCGGGCACAAUCAGUGGCCGUGCCAUGCAGGGCGGGCUGAAAUGGGGUGGUUUCUUCGAGGAGCUUUCCAGGGAUGGCCAGAUUGCCCAGAGCCAAAGCGUCGUGCGCCGCCACAUCGCAGGCUUACCAGGGAAGGAGCAUCUGCUGGCGUAUUCGAUCGUUCCUGAUGCAGACGGGUAUGGCACGAGCAGCGGAUCAAGGUUGCCGCGCGCGAACUUCCUGCCAUGCAACACGACUGCAGCCAUCCCGAUCGAGAAUGACAAUUUUAUUGGGAAAGUGCUGCUGCUCUACCGACCAACAGAGGGGCUGGACCGCGGGCACCCUUACUACGACCACUUCCGGUCGCGUAAGCGUGGAUGGGAGCUUCGCUUACAGGGCAAGUUCAAGAAGGCUCCCAGGGGCAGGCUCUAUGUUGGAGCGGUUCUUCGGGAUUUCAACUAUGACCAGCCAGUGGCUUCCACAUCCAUCCUUGCGAUGAACACGGCCAUCACGCUGGUGAAAUAUACUUACAGGAUAUACUUCUCGUGGGGGGCUCGCUGCAAGGAGGCUCUCCAAACAGAUGCAGAGCUCGGCCACGCUGUUUCGGAUCUGACGGUAUUCGACCAGAUCAUCAUCACUCCGGCGAGCAGGCCAAUUCCUCCCAUCAGUUCGGACCUAGACGAGCCUAGCGAUGUUUACGGGCUGAGCCUCAUGCGCCGGGACGUAGGACUGGCCGAAUACAGCCGCAUGGUUCAAGAGGUCGAGAGCUCACUCAACACGCAGGACACCUACACCUUCAGGUUGUGGGGGCCGGCGCCAUUUCUCGACGUGCUGAAUUGGCAAUUGAAAAUGGGAGCCAGAGUCAGCCUCGAUCAUUUCAUGCAGGAUUUUCCCAUCCACGUUUGCAUGUACGACCUACCUGAUGGUCAUGAUCAGACAAGUGAUGACCCGCGGCACUUGGAGUCGAAGAAGCGCUACUACUUUGAUUUCAUGGGUUGGAGCAAUGUCGUCUCGAUUGCGCCGGCAAUCUUUCAACGUUAUGUUUUUCAGAACGCCCCGGACGGGUUCGUGAUGCAGCUGAGCAGGCAGUUCAGCAACAACAGCUUCCACUCUUUGAACUCUGGGAGCUUUAUGUCAGUAGAGUCCACUGCUUCGCGAAGACCUUUCUGGCGGAGAUGGUUAGAUCGCUUGAGGUGGAUACCAAAAUCCACAUGCAACUUUAACUCGCUGCCGCAGCCACUUCCGGCAUAG